AAGGGUGCGAAAAGCGCUCUCUCUCCCUCUCGCUCUCUCUACUCUACUUUUCGAGCGACGCAAUCACGGGAAUUGCUUGAAAUCCUUCAAUUCAAAUGCAAUCCAAUGCAAUGCAAUUCCCAAAUCCAACAAACCAUUUACUCUCAUCUCUAUCUCUCUUGAAUCCCAAAAUCCCCAAAACAAGAAAUCCAUGAAAAAGAGCUCUUGAAAUCUGCUGUCUCUCUCUCUCUCUCUCUCUCUCUCUCUCUCUCUCUCUCUCUCUCUCUUAAUUUUCAUGUAUUUCUCUUUGAUUUCCUCACUGCAGCGAACACCAAUGGAAAUUCAUCUCUCUUUUAUCUCUAUCUGCAACACCCAUUUUUCCAUUUUAAAAUCCUUCUUCUCAUAAACCAACCUUUUGAAUUUCAGUUUCAAUCUCUCUCUCUCUCUCUCUCUCUCUCUCUCUCUCUCUCUCUCUCUCUUAAUUUUCAUGUAUUUCUCUUUGAUUUCGUCACUGCGGCGAACACUAAUGGAAAUUCAUCUCUCUUUUAUCUCUAUCUGCAACACCCAUUUUUCCAUUUUAAAAUCCUUCUCAUAAACCGACCUUUGGAAUUUCAGUUUGAAUCUCUCUCUCUCUCUCUCUCUCUCUCUCUCUCGGAAUUUCUCUAUGGUCUCUACUACACUUCUUUGAAAACCAUAGAGAAUCCAUCUCUCUUUGCAAUACCCAGGUUUUGAAUUCAAAGCAAAAAUCUCCCCAAAUCUGCUCUCUCUCUCUCUCUCUCUCUCUCUCUCUCUCUCUCUCUCCCCUUUACAUUUUCAUGGAUUCCUCUCUGAUUUUGUUACUUCUUUGAAAACCCAUUUGAACCCAUCUUCUUGUUAUCUCCUUCAUCAAAAUUCAUUUUCUGAUUUCAGAUUUUCCUUCUAAGGUGUCUGUAAAAAGAGUAAUCUCUCUCUAUGAUUUUCGUAGAUUUCUUUUGGAUUUCAUCACUUCUCUGAUAACCCAUCUCCCUUUUUAUUCCUCCCUCAAAACCAAUGUCUCCGAAUUCAAAUUCUCCUUCCUGCAAAAUUAAAAAAAAUUCCAUCCCCAUUGAUACUUCAAUAGAUUCCCCCCAAUUCUCUUAGCUGCAACAGCAGCGGCAUCCUGUUCCGGUUCGCGGGCUUCUCUAGAGAAGCCCGCAUCCGAUGCUCAGGAUGGUGUCUUGCUUCCCGGCGCUGCGGCCUCGGAAGAAGAAGAGCGAGUCUGUCCCUUCUUCAAUUAUGGCAGCCCAGCCUACCUCGGAAACACAGGAUUUGGAGAGGAUGAGAUGGAAUAGUGUGGAAUCUUGGUCAAUGUUAUUUGAACCGGAUAAUGUGGAAAGUCUGAUGGGAGGAGAGGGAGGGGAAUCAGAAGAAUGGAUGGCGGAUCUGUCGCAACUGUUUAUUGGAAACAAGUUCGCCUCUGGGGCCCACAGUAGGAUCUACCGAGGAAUUUACAAGCAGAGGGCAGUUGCUGUGAAGAUGGUACGAAUCCCUGAUCGAGAUGAGGAAACCCGGGCUCAUCUCGAGUCACAGUUCACAUCUGAAGUCGCUCUGCUUUCGCGUCUUUAUCAUCCCAACAUAGUGCAGUUCGUUGCAGCCUGCAAGAAGCCUCCUUUGUACUGUAUCAUCAUGGAAUACAUGUCUCAAGGGACAUUGAGGAUGUACCUCCACAAGAAAGAUCCGUACUCAUUAUCAACUGAGACGAUUCUGAGGUUGGCGCUUGAUAUCUCCCGAGGAAUGGAAUAUCUUCAUUCGCAAGGUGUGAUCCACAGAGACCUGAAAUCUCACAACCUCCUCCUAAGUGAUGACAUGCGUGUUAAGGUAGCUGAUUUCGGUACCUCAUGUCUGGAGACGCAGUCUCAAGCAUCCAAAGGUAAUGCGGGGACAUACCGUUGGAUGGCCCCUGAAAUGAUCAAGGAGAAGCCAUACACUAGAAAAGUCGACGUGUACAGUUUCGGGAUCGUGCUAUGGGAACUGACGACAGCGCUGGUUCCCUUUCAAGGAAUGACCCCCGUGCAAGCUGCAUUCGCUGUGUCCGAGAAGAACGCACGGCCGCCAUUGGCAGACAACUGCUCGCCCGUCCUCAACCACCUCAUCAAGCGUUGCUGGUCUGCAAACCCAUCAAAGCGACCGGAUUUCAGGUACAUCGUGUCUGUUUUGGAGAACUAUGAUGAAUGUCUCAAGAAUGGCCAUCCUCACCAUGGGCUACUCAGCCAGAACAUGCUUCUCGACCGCUUCAGGAGUUGUAUAUCUAUGAAUUCAUCUAUACCUGUCCAUGCCUGAAUUCGCCACCAAAGCAGGUAACAUAAUCUUCUUGGGCUAAACCAUGAUGUCUGCUUCCCGCCAUUUUUUUUUUUUCCGCAAGUUGGUGACUGCUCCACUGCAUACAAUCCAAACCUUUGAAUUCAUGGGCUCCAUGUUGGAGGUGACCCACAAUCAUGUGAUGAUCCUAACCAUCAAAAUGGAGACUUAUUCGGACGGUCUGGAUUGAGUUAUAUGUUCAGAUGAUAGGACGCCCGCCUUUUCAGAAAAUGGUCCGAAAACGCUCAUAGUGGUCUAGCCCAAUUUUAUUCCUUGUAGAGCCUGAAAACUGUAUAUAUCUGACUAAAAUUUCAGUAUCUAAUCUGAUUGUAUGUAUAGAAAAGGUAGAAAUUGGAAUAUCCAAUAAAUGUGUUUUUUUUUUAAAA